AUGCUGGGUCCACGGCCGCGAGACCAGGGCCUGAGCCGGGCGCGUCGGAUGCUUAACCGACUGAGCCACCCGGGCGCCCGUCUAGGUGCUCAUUUAAACCACGGCUUUUCUCUGGCCCCAGGGGCGCGAAUCUGCACCGGGAGCCUCAGUGCCACCCCUGCGGGGCCGCUCCCCGUGGGGGGGCUGGGCUUCCCUUCUUUAUGGGGUGGGCUGUCUCUCGCCCCCUCUCUGCGCGGCUGCGUCAGCCCUCAGCCCUCCUUCACGACCCUCCAGACAGGUGCAGACCUGGGGGGCCGGGGAGUCGGGGGCUUCCUAGCGGCCGGGGUCCUCGGAGUCACCGUCUCGGACCGCAGCUCCGACCUGGCUCCUUGUUACCGCGCGCACACUCUCCAGCUCAUUCAUUACACGGUUAAUUGCGCCCUUCGCUUUGACUUUCCUUUCUGUUCCCAGUAUUCCAGGGGAGUCUUUGCCAUUUUCGGACUCUACGAUAAGAGGUCGGUGCACACCUUGACCUCGUUCUGCAGCGCCUUACACAUCUCCCUCAUCACACCGAGUUUCCCCACGGAGGGGGAGAGCCAGUUUGUGCUGCAGCUCAGACCGUCCUUGCGGGGGGCGCUGCUGAGCCUCCUGGACCACUACGAAUGGACCGGUUUCGUCUUCCUGUACGACACGGACAGGGGAUACUCAAUACUUCAAGCUAUUAUGGAAAAAGCAGGACAAAAUGGUUGGCAUGUCAGCGCUAUAUGUGUGGAAAAUUUUAAUGAUGUCAGCUAUAGGCAACUUCUAGAAGAACUUGAUAGACGACAAGAGAAGAAAUUUGUAAUAGACUGUGAGAUAGAGAGGCUUCAAAACAUAUUAGAACAGAUUGUGAGUGUUGGGAAGCAUGUUAAGGGUUACCAUUACAUCAUUGCAAACUUGGGAUUCAAGGACAUUUCUCUUGAGAGAUUUAUCCAUGGGGGAGCCAAUGUUACAGGGUUCCAGCUGGUUGAUUUUAAUACGCCUAUGGUAACCAAACUAAUGGAUCGCUGGAGGAAGCUAGACCAGAGAGAGUAUCCAGGGUCUGAGACUCCUCCAAAGUAUACAUCUGCUCUGACUUACGAUGGAGUCCUUGUGAUGGCUGAAACCUUCAGAAAUCUUAGGAGGCAAAAAAUUGAUAUUUCAAGGAGAGGAAAUGCUGGGGAUUGUCUGGCAAACCCUGCUGCUCCGUGGGGCCAGGGAAUUGACAUGGAGAGGACACUCAAACAGGUUCGAAUUCAAGGCCUGACAGGGAAUGUUCAGUUUGACCACUAUGGACGUAGAGUCAAUUACACAAUGGAUGUGUUUGAGCUGAAGAGCACAGGGCCUAGAAAGGUUGGUUACUGGAACGAUAUGGAUAAAUUAGUCUUGAUUCAAGAUAUGCCCACUCUUGGCAACGACACAGCAGCUAUUGAGAACAGAACAGUGGUUGUAACCACAAUUAUGGAAUCCCCAUAUGUUAUGUACAAGAAAAAUCACGAAAUGUUUGAAGGAAAUGACAAGUACGAAGGAUACUGUGUAGAUUUGGCAUCUGAGAUUGCAAAACAUAUUGGUAUCAAGUAUAAAAUUGCCAUUGUCCCUGAUGGAAAAUAUGGAGCGAGGGACGCAGACACAAAAAUCUGGAAUGGGAUGGUAGGAGAACUUGUUUAUGGGAAAGCAGAGAUUGCGAUCGCCCCUCUGACAAUCACUUUGGUCCGAGAGGAGGUCAUUGACUUCUCUAAGCCCUUCAUGAGUUUGGGCAUAUCUAUCAUGAUCAAAAAGCCUCAGAAAUCCAAACCAGGAGUGUUUUCCUUCUUGGACCCUCUGGCCUAUGAGAUCUGGAUGUGCAUAGUCUUUGCCUACAUUGGUGUCAGCGUGGUCUUAUUCCUAGUUAGCAGGUUCAGUCCCUACGAGUGGCACACAGAAGAGCCAGAGGACGGGAAGGAAGGACCCAGCGACCAGCCUCCCAAUGAGUUUGGCAUCUUUAACAGCCUCUGGUUCUCCCUGGGUGCCUUUAUGCAGCAAGGAUGUGACAUUUCACCCAGAUCCCUCUCAGGUCGGAUUGUCGGAGGUGUCUGGUGGUUCUUUACACUCAUCAUUAUAUCAUCUUACACCGCUAACCUCGCUGCUUUCCUGACGGUGGAGCGAAUGGUCUCCCCCAUAGAAAGUGCAGAAGACCUGGCCAAGCAAACAGAAAUUGCCUAUGGAACAUUGGAUUCAGGGUCAACAAAAGAAUUCUUCAGAAGAUCAAAAAUAGCAGUGUAUGAAAAGAUGUGGACCUACAUGCGAUCGGCAGAGCCGUCAGUGUUCACCAGGACCACAGCUGAGGGAGUAGCUCGUGUCCGCAAAUCCAAGGGCAAAUUCGCCUUCCUCCUGGAGUCCACUAUGAACGAGUACAUUGAGCAGCGAAAGCCGUGUGACACAAUGAAAGUGGGAGGAAAUCUGGAUUCGAAAGGCUAUGGCGUAGCCACGCCCAAGGGCUCCUCAUUAAGAAAUGCUGUUAACCUGGCAGUUUUAAAACUGAAUGAACAAGGCCUGUUGGACAAAUUGAAAAACAAAUGGUGGUACGACAAAGGAGAGUGUGGCAGCGGGGGCGGUGACUCCAAGGACAAGACGAGCGCCUUGAGCCUGAGCAAUGUGGCGGGCGUUUUCUACAUUCUGGUCGGCGGCCUGGGCUUGGCGAUGCUGGUGGCUUUGGUAGAGUUCUGUUACAAGUCCAGGGCAGAAGCGAAGAGAAUGAAGCUGACCUUUUCUGAAGCCAUAAGAAACAAAGCCAGACUAUCCAUCACUGGGAGCGUGGGUGAGAAUGGCCGCGUUUUGACGCCCGACUGCCCCAAGGCGGUGCACGCGGGAACGACGAUUAGACAGAGUUCGGGAUUGGCUGUCAUUGCAUCGGACCUACCAUGAAAACCAAAAACAUAAUUGAGUGCCUUAAUCAAACUUGUGCUGGUGACGGACGGGAGCGCAGCCCGCGCACUGUGCAGGUGCUGCGGACCAGGCCUCUGGGCCGGAGCGGGCGGCGCCUCCCGAUGCUCCCGCCGGCCCAGCAGCAACGCGUGCAUGAGCUCAGCUCGGAAACCCAAACUCAGAUUUUAUAUCAGGAAAACUCACAAUUUAGGUUUUCUCGGGGAGUGGGGUGGGGGGAGGGGAGCUGGGAUGGGCGUAUUAACAGCAACAAAUUUCACUCGAGUGGACUUAAAAACUAAUCAGACUUGCGAGUUAGCGCAUCAAACUGUGAAGUUCUUGCUCAGAAAGGCCUCCGUCUUCACCGCAAGGGGCCAAGUAGUUAGAGAAGUCCAUGAACCUGCUAACCUGUCUCCAGAGCACCCACGUGUUCCGUGGAGGACUCUCCAGCUGAGAAAACACGUCACUCAACUGUGAUAAGAAGAAAAUAAACACAUGUAAAUCCUGUGAAAAACAUUUAAAGGAAGUAUUUACACUCACUUUGGAGAAAACAUACUGAAACAUGCUUGCUUUUUAACCAACGUCAGUUCAGUAGAGGACAACACGAUUCCUUUUUCUAACCAUCUUAGGGAACAGUACAUUGCAAUAAUUGAUAUAAAUGCCAUCACUGCAAUCAACUUUAGAGAGUUUUUUGAGUUUUUUUUUUACAAAUGUUGUUGGUCACCUCCUCGUUGCCGUAACUCCCCCUCUGUCACAUGAGUCGGUGUCCACAGGUCACAUUUGUCUCGGUACCGGGAACUCAGGCAACACGAAAACGACGUCCUGGGAAGUCAUCAGUCUGCAGUGUGGAAGCGAGAGAGACUACGGGUCACUCAUGUUAUCAGUAUUAUUUAUAAUCUCCUUCUGUGUACAAAAUUGUGGUUUUUGUACCCGCCAAAAAGAAUAAAACAACGGACAUUCUUAUGAUAUCCACAGAGCUUAAGGGUUUUUUUCUUCCCAUUCUAAAAGUUGCCUGAGAAAUUCUAAGACUAUGUAGGAGGGGAUUUGUAGAAGUCAAGUGUGGGCCACGUUGGAGCGUGUCCUUAGCCCUUACCGCCUUCAAAUAAUAAGCCGCCCUCUUUUACAGACGUUUGCCUUGUGAGCCGUGACAUUGUCACGGGCGGAGUGUCUGAAUCGGGGAGCGAUCCAUUGUCAUAAAAGCAACAUACUCUGUAAUUGUGUGUUCAAAUUGUACUUGACCGUACACUCUGCUGCACAAAAUAACGUGUCUCCUGGGCUUCACCCCCCAGCCCCCCGUUCCCCUCGUUCCAUUCAAAACACUCAAAGGCACCAAGGGGCGUUUAUGGUAGACCAGAAACAUGAAGAAUUGCUCCUUGUUUUCAACCGGAAAUGGUGAAGAAAAUUAUACCCAUGUUGAUUUCCAAAACCCACUCUCUGUAUGGGUGAAAUUAAUAUGGCUCACGGGAAGGUUUGGAUCAUUCAAAGUAAUAAAUAAGCCGUGUGGUCCAGAUAAACACCACAACGCGUAGAGAUCUCAGCAGAAAGCACAAGUUAGGAUGACUUCGGAGGUGUGGCCUUGAAGGAGGAGUCGAGUUUUCACAGGUGGAGGAGGUGAGCCUCAGGGGCGAGCAGGGCCCCGACGCGUGCUCCUCAGCAGCCUGUUGAAGGAGCGUGUGCAGCCAGACUGGGCUGGAGGGAGCCCAGGGUGUGGCGUCAUGGCCGAGGACUUAGGGACAGGUGGAGGGCGGAGCACCUGGCUUCCACGCAGGGUUUCCGCCCCCCCGUUCAGUCUCUGCCAGCGCAGGUCUGAGGACACACUCACACGCACCGUUCCCUCAGGAAAAAUCCCAAGCUCUUACGAGAGCAAAUGAGUCCCUUCACGACCCGGUGUUCACUUCUCUCUUCCAUGAUCUCUCUCCCCCUCCCCAGCCCCGCCCACCCACAAACCUCAAGAGCGGCACACAGGACACUGCAUAUACUAUUUCUUGGAGCUGUGAGUGCCCCUUGUCUCUUUACCUGACUAACCUGUCCUUAUCCUUCAGCACCAAAUCUGCACCUCCCCCAGGACGCCGUCCAUGGCUGUCCACCCCCCGCUGCCUAUGAGACUGAGUUAGGUGCCCUCUCGGUGUCCUCUCCCCGUCACAGCCCUUGCCGCACCGCCUUGUAACUGCCCGCGUACUUGUCUGUGUAACUUCUAGACUGUAAGCCCCUUGAGGGCAGGGACUGUGUCUGUCUUGUCCACAGUUGUGUCCCCA